UUGUGAAAGUGCAGUGCACGUGUUUCCGGUCUGUAAGGUGCUAACAAAUGGCUUGCAAGCUUGUGCUGGUUUGUUAAGAGACUUUUGAAAGUGAUUCUACAUUUUCUUAAUCAUGGAAACGACAGGCAGUUCAUAUCAAGUGGAAAACACAGAUAUAUUCCUGCCGUUGUCAUCAUUGAGGCUGCUGAUACCUCCUCUGCGGCUGCUUUCUGCAGCGAUGUGGCAAGUGGCUCAGCGGAGAGAGGUUCUCGAUUAUGAAAAUCUCGAUGAGUUUGUGACGCUGGUCACGGCUACAGUGCCAGAGCUGCUCAACCCAAAGCAAAGAGGCACGCUGCUUCUGCGACUGAGAGCCAAAAUUAUUCUUGAGUUGUGCAGAAAUGAGGAAACGGCCAACAUUUUGUGCGUACAGCCUCACCUAGAACGAAUCCGCCCUCUGGGAUACACAGGAAGUGGGGAUGCAGAGGUGGAUGCAGAGGAGGCCAUUUUUGUGGAGCUCAUCCAAACACUACUGAAAGACCCAGCAGAGAGGGAGCAUUUCUACCAGGAGGUUUUUCCAACAGAGUAUGGUCCCAGCUACGAAACAGACAUGCAGCUCCUCGUGUGGGAGUUUCUGUCUAAACUGGAGAAACUCCUGCCAGUACCAGACCUCAGUCAGACGGUGUCAUGGCUGACCUCUGCCCCCUCUAUACUGAAGGACUGCCUGCAAGCGCUCGCCAAUCCCGACGACCUGAGGUCUCUCCUGCAGCACCACAAAUGCCUUGAGCACCUUGGAACACAAGGUACCACUUUGGAGAUAUCCACCCAGGUCUUUGCCUGCUCAGAGUGUCCGUUCUUCCACAUGCAGGAGUCCUACCUGCUGCAGCACAUUGAGCACAGUCACCCUGAGCAGUACAGCAAACUCCAGAGGUCUGCAGAGACUGCGGAUAUCCCCAAGAAGAAGGCCCAGCGUCCUGAGUUCCCCAAGCCUUUCCCCAUCCACGACAGGCCUGACCCUCACAUGUGCCAGGAGUGUGGCAAAACGUUCACACGCGCCUCAGACGUGACGCGUCACCAACGGACACACACAGGCGAGCGCCCGUACACUUGCGAGGAGUGUAAGAAGGGCUUCAAGAACUCUUGGGAUCUGACUAGACAUCAGCGCAUUCACACAGGGGAACGGCCCUUCCUCUGCUCCCAGUGCGGCAAACGCUUCACACAGAUGGGCUUGCUCAAGCUGCAUUUCGAACGAACGUCCUGCGGACAGACGUGCAACCCUCCCCUCGAGCUCACGACAGAGGUCAUCGUAGCAGAGGAGGUAUCAGAGAAUGUGGACGGUCAGUACAAAUGCCAGAAAUGUGGCGAGAGCUUCGGUAGCAUCCUGGAGCGGCUGAAGCACAGGCAGAGGCACAUGGUCAGGCGUCAGUACAAAUGCUCCCUGUGCGAGAAGAUAUACAGCCGAGCGUCGGACCUCAAGAGACACCAGAUGAAACACACCGGUGAGCGGCCGUUUGCCUGCGAGUGUGGGAAAAGCUUCACGCAUGUGUGGCUGCUGAAUAAGCACCAGCAGAUCCACACCAGGGAGCGUCCGUACCCCUGCACAGAGUGCGGAAAGAGCUUCACACAGCUGCAGAUCCUCAACAGGCACCUGCUGACUCACAACGGCCAGCGGCCUUUCCAGUGCUCCUACUGCGAGAAGAGCUUCGCCCAACUGGCCAGCCUCACGCGCCAUGAAAGAAUCCACACGGGCGAGAGGCCGUACCUCUGUACCACCUGCCAGAAGACGUUCCUCACACACGGAGAGCUGGUAAGGCAUCAGCGCAGCCACAGUAACUUCAGGCCGUUCAGUUGCCCACAUUGCCUGAAGAGCUUCAAAACCAAGCGAGCUCAGAGCGAACACCUCAAUACGCACACAGGAGAGCGGCCGUUUGCGUGCACCCGUUGCGGGAAGAGGUUCGCCAAGUCGACCUCGCUCGUCCGACACAACCUGACUCACACGGGGGAGCGGCCCCACCAGUGCUCCCAGUGCGGCAAGACCUUCCUCACCUCAGGCGAGCUCCUGCUCCACAAGCGGAUCCACACAGGAGAGAGGCCCUACCCCUGCUCCUACUGCGAGAGGAGGUUCAGGUGCUCCUCGGACCUCAACAUGCACAUCCGGACACACACCGGAGAGAAGCCACACAGCUGUCUGCUCUGUAAGAAGAGUUUCUCUACUUCUACGAGGCUGAAGAGACACGUACGCACACACAUGGAGAAGGGUGUAGUUGUGGAAUCAUUGAGUCUUUGAGCUGUUAGGAGCUAAUGAUGUCUUUAAUCUAUAGGUUUUUUAAUGUGAUCUGUUAUAUAAGAACCUUCUUAAAUGUAUAGUACUUCACAUGAAAAAAAUCUCAAAAAUUGUCCAUUUUUGUGUGCUUUUCUUUCCGGAAAAUUGUCUCGGGACCCCUCAGACUUAAUUUUCCGGCCCCAGGGAGAGGGCUCACUUUAAAAUGAGCCAACUAAACAAGGACUGUAAAAAGGUACAUGACAGACAGGGCAGAGAACCCGUAUAGCCUGUUGCCAACCAGUUGGUUUGGAUAAUUAUUUUACAGUCAAGUUUCUAUGACUUACAUGUGAUCUGUCCAGGGGAGUAGACAGAGAUGGUAGAUAACAUGUAGGGUCAUAGUAAGGACAUUUCAAAAGGUCAUUGAUCAAAGAGAGGAGGUGGAGAAUCAGGAGGGUAGAGUGUGGGAAAAGAUAUAAAGCCAAGCAAAGUCAAAGAGCAGGGAAGAAAGGACAAUUGGAGCUCCGGAGAGAAACGGGACCAGAAUGACGGCCAAACUGUCCACAGAGGAACCAAAGAAAAUGAAGAUUCAUGGAAGUGAAGCGAAGGCAGAGAGGGAAGUCUCUGGGCUAGGGGAGGAUGAAGAAAGUCAAAAUAUGAACAAGGGAAGCAAAAUACAAAUGAUUAGAAACAAAGCACUGAAAAGGUGUAGCAGUGGUGAGGGGCCACAACAAUCUGUGAAAAAGGGAGAGAAUGCCAAAGAUUUUAAAGAUGGUACCACCAAUCAACAGGAGGAGGACUGCUCACAUAUCCAAGGUUAGUUUUGUUUAUUGUGAUUGUUAAUGGCUCAUUCGUUGGUUUCUACAUUCAUCUGCGUAGUGAUGGAAAUAACGUAUGUUGAUACUAAAACAA